GCAUCUGUCUAUAAUACUGUUUCGAACGCAACCAUUACAAAAUGGCGACGCGUGCAUAUUUCACGGCGUCCUAAACGUUUUUACUCGUAAAUUUUCGUUUUCAAACGUAAAUUUUCAUGACUCACGACUUACCAUGGAGUCUUUUUUGAUAUCUGGUAUCUGCCGCUGCUGCGCUUCCGAGGGCCCUUCGAAGAACCUCAUUAACAAGUACAAAUGGAUGGGCGAAGAGGAAGUGUAUUCGGAAAUGCUGAAGGAUUGCUUCGAUGUCACGCUGCACAGUACAGAUGACCCGGCCACCAAUGGCGGUAUUUGCGAGGUCUGCAUCACACAGCUCCGCAACGCCUAUAACUUCAAGAAACAAGUGAUUGUCACUGAAGAGUUCUUCAAGAGACGAUUGCUGGAUGGUGAACACACGUUUACUGCUGACAUCAAACUGGAAGUGGACAGGGGGGACUGUUCCGCUUCAGAAAACGACAUCGACGCGGCUGAUGACUUGGACUCGGAAAUGUCAGUGAAGUCUGAACAAGAUGAGGAGAAACCUAAAAGGCGCAAGGUGACCGCCCGAGCGAGCACCUCGCGAGCUGCCAAGAAGGUCAAAGCGGAGGAUGCGAAAAGCGCGGUCGGCAAGCGGAAAAAGAAAAAACAGAAAGGCCAAGAGAGCGCCACCCCAGAGCGUAUCGAGCAUAGAGUCAACCUGACAACGAUACUGCAACACUCUAACGCCAGCCCCUUCAGAGAUAAAACUAUGAGGGGAUUCUCAUGUCUCUACUGUGCGAAAAGCUUUCCCUACAUCGAAGACCUACGACGCCAUACAGCCCAACAAUCGGAGAAAGAUAAACUCAACACAAUGAUAGAUUACAAACUCAGCUACAAUCCAAUUAAAGUAGACAUCACAGAUUUAAUUUGCAACAUCUGUAACAGUCCCAUGAAAGAUCUGAACGAACUCAAAGAUCAUCUGACUAGCGCUCACGAUAAGUUCAUACACAAGGACAUCAAAGAUAUAAUUUUACCUUUUAGGUUGAUGGAUGGCACGAAUUUUACGUGCGUCAUCUGUUCAGUAGUUCAUAUUUCGUUUAAGAAUCUGUAUCUUCAUAUGAGCAGUCAUUAUAGGAAUUACUGUUGCAACAAGUGCGGCGUAGGGUAUAUAACUAUAGCGGCUUUAAGGAAACAUAUGAAGACGCACGAGGAUGGAAACUUUCCUUGCGCGUAUUGCGAUAAGGUCUACUCUUCGAAGGCGAAGAAGCGUAAUCACGAAAAGGGUGUUCAUACGGGCGGUUGGCUUAGAAACAAAUGCCCUCACUGUCCAGAAAUCUUCGUCAGUUACUACGAUAGGAGCGAGCAUUUAGUCAGGGUCCACAACCUAGCGCCUGUCACGUAUCCCUGCAACGCUUGCAAUAAGGUUUACAAGAAAAAGUUCGAGUUGAACCGACACAUCAAACACCACCAUUUACAGCAGAAAAACUAUAUGUGUGACUUCUGCAAGCUUUCGUUCUUCUCCAAGCGUGGUUUGGUCGACCACAUGGCGAGGCAUACGGGCUCUGAUGUCUUCUGCUGUGAACUGUGCAACAAGAGAUUCGCGCGCCUCCGAACCUUGAAAGAGCACAUCAGAUCUCACGACAACCAGAAGAAAUACCAGUGCGAUGUGUGCAAAAAGACGUUUAUGCAGAAGAGCAGUCUGAAAAUCCACUCAAAGCUGCAUCAAGACGACUUGGAGAUAUUCAAGGAGUUUGAUGAUGUGAAGCAUUUGAUAGACAACAGGGAUCUGACGCUGAAACAGAUUGCGGCGGAGAGCAAACAGAAGGCCGAGGAGGAGAAGGCGGCGAAAGCGAUUGGCGUUUUAUAGGAUGUAACGAAUGAUGCGAUUCACGAAAGAUGACCAGAUAACAAACUGAUAAUAAUUUUGCAGUGCUUGUGAAAGGCCCAAAAAAAGGAGAGAAGGAAGAGGUUUUUGGCUAAAGAAACAAGGCGUUUAUAGCUCAGAUACAUAAAUAAAUAGAUAGAUGAUAUAGGAAAAUUGGUCAAUUCACGUGAAUCGUAGUCUCCAGAGUUUUAAAAUGAGAUAUUUGGUAUUGCUUUUGAAUGAAUGCCCGCUGUGAAAGAAAGUCACGGUCGGAAAAGAGCUUAUUAUCUCAACGUAUGCGUAGAUGAAUUACAUUACAAUUGUGGCCGUAUCCACAAUAACCUAUCGACAAGUGUCCAAAAUUAUUCGUGAUACGUCCACUGUAUAUUGCACUGUAAUUUCUUAAGCCUCCAUAAGACUAUUGGGAAGGUUAACCAAGGUAUCGUACGUAUCGGACCAAACGGAUUUCUAUACAAAAAUGCUGAUAAGUGGACGCUUACCAUUAGUUUUCACUUUAUAUGUUACGCAGCCGGCUGCUUUUACCAUUAAAAAUGAUAAGCAUCAAUUAUGAUUUGGUAAGAAAUUAAAUCAAAGUUAUAAUAAUAAUGUAAAUAGGUAUAAUGAAUUAGUAAAUUAAGGUGUAUAUUUUUAUAUAGAAAGUCAGUGCAAUUAUAUAUUUAUAUACACUGUUGCAUUAAUAUAACUCGCGCAGAAAAACAAUCGGGAAUUAUCGACCGUUACUUACUGCCAGUUUCAAUAACUCUAUCGAUUACUGGUUACUUUCAUACUAUUUUGAAAUAUGAAAUGUUGCAAAACGUCAAAAUUGUAUGACAGUAACUACCAGUUAUAGAUAGAUAGAGUAAGGG